UAGGCUUUGUCAAACUUUCUGCAUAUCUUCAACUAACUCCUCAGUCUUUUGUCUUCCUAAACCUUCAAUCUUAAAAAUGUCUAACAUUCAUCCACUCAGAAUUCACUGCGUGUUGUCUUCUAAUCAACGCUACAUCUCUCAAUCUUCUGCCCGUUUGCCUCCCCAAACUCGCUGCCUCAGAUUCAGCGGUCGCCCUGUGCCCAUAUUACUCCGGCGGAAUGUUGGCCUUCUGCCUCGAGCCGAAGACAAAGCCAGAGGCUCUUCAAUUUCCACUCAAGAAUCGUCUCAACCUCUGGAAUUUACACCUUCCUCCGAAGCAUGCGAUCCACUGUGUCCUGUUGAUGAAACGAGCUUGCAAGAUUCUGAACCCAGUUACUAUUCAAAGACAGAUUUACUUAAAGCUAUUUCAGUUUUUGCCGCAGCAGCUACAGGAGCUGUGGCUAUAAAUCAUUCUUGGGUUGCUGCAAAUCAGGUUCCAAACAAAUCCUACAAUCAAUUUCCCUUUCAAAAUUUCUUGUUGGGUUGAUCAGAUAUCCUACUUCAGGAUAUUGCAAUGUCAUUGUUAUUUGCGAUUGGAUAUGUUGGCAUAAUAUUUGAAGAGUCUCUUGCCUUCAACAAGAGCGGGAUAGGACUUCUUAUGGCUGUUAGCUUGUGGGUUGUGCGGAGCAUUGGGGCCCCUUCAACUGAUGUAGCACUUUCAGAGCUCUCACAUGCUACUAGUGAAGUUAGUGAAAUACUGUUCUUUCUGCUUGGUGCCAUGACAAUUGUAGAGAUAGUUGAUGCUCACCAAGGUUUUAAGAUGGUUACAGAUAGCAUUACUACUCGCCAGCCAAAAUCUCUGCUUUGGGCGGUAGGUUUCCUGACCUUUUUUCUUAGUUCAAUCCUUGACAACCUAACAACUACAAUUGUGAUGGUGUCCUUGUUAAGGAGGUUGACACCUCCAUCAGAAUAUCGAAAACUUCUUGGUGCGGUUGUGGUGAUUGCUGCAAAUGCUGGAGGAGCAUGGACUCCAAUUGGUGAUGUUACAACCACUAUGCUUUGGAUUCAUGGUCAAAUAACCACACUACCAACAAUGAAGGGGCUAUUUUUGCCAUCAUCAAUCUCUCUAGCUGUUCCAUUAGCUUUAAUGUCUCUGGGGAGUGAAGUGAAUGGGAAGGAACAUAAUCCUGCAGAAGAUGUUUUGGCUGCUGAAAAGAUGGCCCCACAGGGACAGCUUGUUUUAUUUGUUGGAAUAGGUGCUUUAGUUUUUGUACCAAUAUUCAAGGCCUUAACAGGGUUGCCCCCUUACAUGGGUAUGGUUCUUGGGCUUGGAGUGCUUUGGAUCCUAACUGAUGCUAUUCACUAUGGUGAAUCUGAAAGACAGCAUUUAAAAGUGCCACAAGCUUUGUCACGCAUCGAUACUCAAGGAAUUCUUUUUUUCCUUGGAAUCCUUCUGUCUGUGAGCAGCCUUGAGGCAGCAGGUAUUUUGAGAGAAGUGGCAAAUUACCUUGACACCCAUGUUCAAAAUGUUGAGCUUAUUGCAAGUGCGGUAGGGGUGGUAUCUGCAAUUAUAGACAAUGUUCCACUGGUUGCAGCCACAAUGGGGAUGUAUGACCUCUCCUACUUUCCUAAAGAUUCAGAGUUCUGGCAACUGGUAGCAUAUUGUGCUGGUACAGGUGGGUCCAUGUUGAUUAUAGGCUCUGCAGCUGGAGUUGCUUUUAUGGGGAUGGAGAGAGUUGACUUCUUUUGGUAUCUCAAGAAGGUUUUUUUGUGUUUCUUUUUGGCACAGCUGAUUUAUUUAUAAUCUGAGGGUAUGUUUGGAUCUUGGACAAUGCUUUGGAGAUAAAGAAAAAAAUGCUGAUGAAAGUUUCCUGGAAAAGUCAAAGAAAAAUGAAAUAUUUGCUCAAGUGUUUUUGCAUUUAAUAUAUUUAGAUAUAUCUUGUAUAUAUGUAGUAGAUACAAUUGAAGGGGAGUCUUGGCAUACAGGUAAAGCCGUAAAGGUGUUGCGAUGUGACUGAGGAGUCAUUUGUUCAAGUCUUGGGAUUGGUCUAUUGUGAAAAUUUGACUAGAGAAGGCUUGGAAAUUGGAACUACACACCCUAGUGGUGGUACAGUGGUACUCUUCCCCGGACCUCACCCUGUGGGGAUGCACAUGUGCAUAGGCUUCCACCUUUUUAUUUAGUAAUCAUAAUUUAGUGAACUGAGUUUCAACAAAUACCUAAAAUAAAUUUAUUGAGUUUUAGCUUAUCUUUAUUUGUCCUUACACUUUCCUUCUGAUUUUCAUUUAUGUUUUCCUUCCCUAGUGUAUUUUGGGUACCAAACGAACCAUAGUUCUGCUAAAAAAAAUGUCUCUACAAGUUGAAACUUUUUAAAAAUAUUGUUGUACAUUAUGCAGGUCAGUGGAUUUGCUUUUGCUGGUUAUGCUGCUGGAAUUGCUGCAUAUCUGGCUGUUCACAAUCUGAACCUUUCUGAAGUUCCUUUCAUUCCUGGUUCAUGAAUUGAUUACAGAAGGAUGUCAACCACUCAAUUGUAUAGGCAAAAUCUCCACCUGAUGGGAAGCAAAUUUUCCAUAGGAAAGCCUUUGCUUGAAGAUAAAAGGGUCAAAUGAUGUUGAUCAAAUGAUCACUAAUACCCCUUUAUUUAGUUGUACAAGAUUCUACAUAAGAAAAUGUAAUUUUGCCAACAGCAGACUUAACUAUUCCAAGUAUUUAUUGUUCGUGAUUUAUGUACGUAAGUACGUUGAUGUACAAUAUGUUGUGAUGUAAGAUACGGUCUUAAUACAAUAAUUCUUAGGCGUUAUAAACUUCUUUUUAAAAAA